CUGCCUACGUCAAUGUUCUGCAAGUGAAUGAUGCCGAAAUAACUCAUCUCUCUAGACACAGGCCUGGAGAGUAUCAUAAUGGCAGCUAAUAUUGAAUUCACAGAUGAAAAUAUGCGACCUGGGUCCUAGUAUUGUUACCGAUGAUAUUGUGAAAUCAAUCUGAAAUCUUAAAUGAGAGUGUGAAACCAUGCUCCCUCUGGCUUGACUGUGGUGAAUGAUGGUGCUCGACCUGAGAGCAGGUCAACUCUAGUAUUUUUUUAUGUUGCCUGGCGUCUUGACAUUUUCAACAAAGUCUUCCGGAGAGCCGUCGAGGAGAGUGGUGAGGAGUGAACAGUGAAUACAAAGCCAUCUUGUGUGUGUUGGGAGAAUUCAUUGUCUUAAAGGAGAAAUUGGUUUGACUAUAUUUGGGGGAAGAAGAAGGUGUGUGUAUGACAUAAGUUCUGUCAUGAUUGGCACUUGAGACUGUUUGAAGAUGGUUUGUGUGUCCGUCACGUACCCUGUGACCCCCUCUCUCUCCCUCUUUCCCCAUCCCUCUGAUCUGGAGGAGUGAAGCCUUGUCAUCACCAGCAGGACCUCUCACUUUCUUUUUGAUCCAUAUGUGUGGAAAGAAACAAAGAGAGGCCUCUCAAUCAGGAUGGAAAUUCUUGCAACACUCAGAGUGACCUGUUUACUGUAUCUUCCGACUGAUUUAAUCAACCUCUCACCAACUACAGGGAUUAUCUUGAAGUGGACUAUAGUUCGCUAGCGUUGGGCGUCUUGCUGUGUCUUGUGAUUGGCCAUUGAGAAUCAAAGGAUUGAUUAAGGGGCCCUUAUUCAAAGCUGUUGCUUAAGGACUUCCUGUAUGUCAGUAUACAGUAUGUCACAGUAUAUGAGUGUGAGAGUGUGGGGAAGAUGUGUAUGGAGUUGGUGGAUGGAAUAGAUUAAGACAACGGGGCUUCAGUGGUAGUCUGCUGUUUGGGCUGAGUAGCGUUAAUAAUUACAGAGCUGUCCUUGACCUGGAACUGAAUGAAAUACGCUUCUCUCUACGUCAUCAUAAGAUGGUGCAUAACAGCUGAGUACCUGCUGGGGGUGCCAUUCAGCCAAAAUCAUACCUGAUCAUUCUGUAAAGUGAGCACCCCUAAUUUCGCUGAUUUAUUGCUGACAAUCGCUCUCAAUGGAAUCUAAUCAAAAAUCUGGGGAUGGACUGACGGGCAUGCAGAAAGAGGUCUCGCUGCGUGCGCUCAUUCAGCGCACAGGAUACCAAUUACUGCAGGAGAAUGGUCAGAGGAGGUACGGCGGACCCCCUCCGGGCUGGGAAGGCCCUCCCCCAGAGAGGGGCAGUGAGAUCUUUGUGGGGAAGCUGCCAAGAGACCUCUUUGAGGAUGAGCUGGUCCCCCACUGUGAGAAAUUUGGGAAAAUCUUUGAGGUUCGGAUGAUGAUGGACUUCAACGGCAAUAAUAGAGGAUAUGCCUUUGUUACCUUUUACACCAAAAAUGAAGCCAAGACUGCCAUGAAACAGCUCAAUAACUAUGAAAUCAGGAACGGAAGGCUCCUGGGAGUGUGUGCCAGUGUGGACAACUGUCGUCUGUUUGUGGGGGGCAUCCCCAAAUCCAAGAAGAGAGAGGAGAUCCUGACGGAAAUGAAGAAAGUAACAGAUGGGGUGUUGGAGGUGAUUGUUUACCCCAGUGCUGCAGACAAGACCAAGAACAGGGGCUUCGCCUUUGUGGAGUACAACAGUCACCGCGCAGCAGCCAUGGCCAGGAGGAAACUACUGCCAGGGAGGAUUCUGCUGUGGGGGCACGCCAUCGCCGUGGACUGGGCGGAGCCUGAAGUGGAAGUGGACGAGGACACCAUGGCAACGGUGAAGAUUCUCUACGUGAGGAACUUAAUGCUGGCCACUACAGAAGAGACCAUCGAGAAGGAGUUCAACAGUAUCAAACCAGGUGCUGUAGAGAGAGUGAAGAAGAUCAGAGACUAUGCCUUUGUCCAUUUCACCCAGAGAGAGGACGCGAUAAGCGCCAUGGACGCACUGAAUGGAAAGCUGGUGGAUGGCUCUCCCGUGGAGGUGACCCUGGCUAAGCCGGUGGAUAAGGACAACUACGUGCGCUACACCCGGGGUACAGGUGGCCGCGGUGGGGCCCUGCUCCAGGGGGAGUACGCCUGCACACUGGGCCAGGUGUAUGACCCCUCAGCAGCCUACCUGGGUGCCCCUGUGUUCUACGCCCCCCAGAUAUAUGCUGCUAUUCCUAAUCAGUUCCGCUUCCCUAUUGCCAAGGGGCUUGUGGGGGGCCGUGGCCUGGUGCGCACGCCCUCGGUCAGAGAAAUUUACAUGAAUGUACCUGUAGGGGCAGCGGGCAUACGCGGGAUGGGUGGUCGUGGAUACCUUGCCUACGCAGGUUUAGGCCGAGGCUGUGCCACCUACCAGCUAAAGACAGACAAGCACCCCGAGGACAAGCUCUUUGACCUGCUGCCAGGAAUGGAGCUCACACCCAUGAACCCUGUGAAGCUUCCCGGUAUCAAACACACACCACAGAUCUUGGAGGAUGUGUGUCAGAAGAACAACUGGGGGCAGCCAGUUUAUCAGCUUCACUCUGCCAUCGGACCUGACCAAAGCCAACUGUUCCUCUACAAAGUCACCAUUCCAGCUCUUUCCACCCAAUAUCCUAAUGUGCAUCCGUUCACCCCAGCCAAGCUGUGUACAUCUGUGGAUGAGGCCAAGGUUCAUGCUGCGGAGCACGCCCUGCAUACCCUGGGUCUGCAGACAGAGGGUGCUGAGGCCUCCGCUGCAGCCGUUGCUGCAUUCCCAGGUUACACAAUAGCGAACACCUCAGCCUCAGUAGCUGCCUCCCAGCUCAAACAGGCCGUCUCCCUGCACCAGGACAUGGCAGCAUACACUACCUACGAAGGCUAUCCCGCCUUCACCGUGGCAACCCGUGGAGACGGUUAUGGAGUAUUCUAGGGUCAUCCUGGAACGGCAUCUCAUUCACCAGCAUUCAUUCGUAGUUCAGACUAUAUAGAACUACACUGAACAAAAAUAUAAACGCAACAUGUAAAAGAUCCCAGAAAUGUUUCAUACGCACAACAAGCAUAUAUUUCUCAAAAAAUGUUGUGCACAAAUUUGUUCACAUCCCUGUUAGUGAGCAUUUCUCCUUUGCCAAAAUAAUCCAUCCACCUGACAGGUGUGGCAUAUCAAGAAGCUGAUUAAACAGCAUGAUCAUUACACAGAUGCAUCUUGUGCUGGGGACAAUGAAAGGUCACUCUAAAAUGUGCAGUUUUGUCAUGCGAAACAAUGCCACAGAUGUCUAAAGUUUUGAGGGGGCGUGCAAUUAUCAUGCUGACUGCAGGAAUGUUCACCAAAGCUGUUGCCAGAGAACUGAAUGUUCACUUCUCUACCAUAAGCCACCUCCAACGUAAUUUUAGAGUAUGACCGGCCUCACAACCGAAGACCAUGUGUAACGAAGCCAGCCCAGGACCUCCACAUCUUGCUUCUUAACCUACGGGAUCUUCUGAGACCAGCCAACCGGACAGCUAAUGAAACUGUGGGUUUGGACAACCAAAGAAUUUCUGCACAAAUUCUCAGAAACCGUCUCAGGGAUGCUCAACUUGGUGUUCGUCUUUCUCACCAGGGUCUUGACCUGACUGCAGUUUGGCAUUGUAACCAACUUCAGUGGGCAAAUGCUCACCUUCGAUGGCCACUGGCACGCUGGAGAAGUGUGCUCUUCAGGGAUGAAUCCCGGUUUCAACUGUACCGGGCAGAUGGCAGACAGCG